AUGGAUAUCAAAAGAACCAGCACGUUGUCAUCUACCACCCUCACAUCUCAGCCGCUGCCAACCGUUGUCUGGAUCACCGAAAAAAGCAAGAAAUUGACCAGUUUUUACCCAAAAUCUCCAUUGCUCGUUCGGGCGAUUCCGAGCACCAUUUUCUUCGAUCCAGCUAAAGUCCAAUCCAGUGUAUUCGAUGUGACAAGUGCAGCAUAUGGAGGAAAGCCAAACUCUGACAUUACCCAGGCCUUGGCCAAUGCUUGGAGAGAUGCUUGUGCAUCGACAUGGCCAGCUAAAGUUGUUAUUCCACAGGGAACAUACUAUACGAGAGGAGCAAUUUUGCAAGGUCCUUGCAAGAAUCCUAUUGAUGUUCAAGUCCAAGGCAACUUCAAGGCUCCAUUGGACAGCAAAUAUCUCACAAAGCAGGAUAGUUGGGUUGGUUUUCAAUACGUUGACAGGCUCACCUUAUGUGGCGGUGGAACUUUUGACGGCCAAAACAAUUGCUACAAAAACAAAUACUGCAAAACUACUCAAGCUGUUAACCUGAGGCUCGAUUUUGUCACCAAUUCCAUGAUCCGGGACAUAACUUCACUUGACAGCAAAAACUUCCACAUCAAUGUUUUGGGAUGUCGCAAUGUCACAUUCCAAUAUGUCACCAUCACAGCGCCAGAAGACAGCAUCAACACGGAUGGAAUUCAUAUUGGGCGCUCAUUCGGGAUCACCAUCGAUCACACAACCAUCCGCACAGGGGAUGAUUGCAUUUCUCUAGGUGACGGAAGCCAGUGA